CUCUGGCGACCCUGAAGCCGCAGGCUGGUCUCAUCGUGCCCCAGGCCGUGCCGUCCUCCCAGCCAAACGGAGCCGGGGAGCCCAUGGAUCUGGGAGAGCUUGCGGGCAUGACCCCCGAGAUCAUCCAGAAGCUUCAAGACAAGGCGACGGUGCUGACCACGGAGCGGAAGAAGAGAGGCAAGACGGUUCCCGAGGAGCUGGUGAAGCCGGAGGAGCUCAGCAAGUACCGGCAGGUCGCUUCGCACGUGGGGCUGCACAGCGCCAGCAUCCCGGGAAUCCUUGCCUUGGAUCUCUGUCCUUCCGACACCAACAAGAUCCUCACUGGCGGGGCUGAUAAGAACGUCAUCGUCUUUGACAAGAGCUCGGAGCAGAUCCUGGCCACGCUCAAGGGGCACUCCAAGAAGGUUACCAGCGUCGUCUUCCACCCCUCCCAGGAUUUGGUGUUUUCGGCUUUCUCUAUCCGCAUCUGGUCCGUGCCCAAUUCCUCGUGCGUCCAGGUUGUCCGUGCCCACGAGGGCUCUGUGACGGGGCUGAGCCUCCACGCCACGGGUGACUACCUCCUCAGCUCUUCGGAUGACCAGACGGGCCGCGUCCUCACCAAGGUGACGGAUGAGAGCUCUGGCUGUGCUCUCACCUGCGCCCAGUUCCACCCCGACGGGCUCAUUUUUGGGACAGGGACGAUGGAUUCUCAGAUCAAGAUCUGGGAUCUGAAG